CAAGAAUGGUUUCAUUUGCCGUGUCCCUAUAAUAUCCCCCUGUCGGAAUACCCUCCCUGCACAUAUUUUCUCCCAUCCCCGAGUGACUUCCACAUCAACCACAUCAACCACAUCAAUGCCAAAUCCUGCCCAUUGCAGCAGACCUGGAGAAACUCAACCUUUAUUAUCUUUCUUCGUCCGAGUAGCUAUGAUUGAAUAUAUGCAGAUGCAGUUCUCUUGCUAGCCCACCCGGGUGAAGUUAGUGCCAAUGCAUGACCCCGCCCAGAUGAGGCUGUGUUGCGAACAAGGCUGAGAUUCCAGAUCCCCUUCGCUUGAUACCCCUCUCCCAGAAUAUUUUCCAAGCUAAUCUCAGCGCCAAGAAAAUGUCCAAGGCACCGUCUCAGCUUCCUUCGAGAUCUAAUAACUUGAAAAUGACCCUCUCUCGCUGGCGGUCUAGGAUCUGGGGUUACAGUGCAGCGCAAUCGAGUAGUGCCUCAGACAAGUUGAAUAUUUCCGAUAAGAAAAAUACACAAAGCCCGGUCACGAGUCAAAACGAGUCCUCUUUGUCAGAAGCGGAUGGCAACAGAACAGUCACUCGAGAUCUGUGGGCGGAGGCUUUCGAGGAGCUCUCCCCGCAGACCCAAACCCAACUUUCCAAGUUCGGUUAUCUCCCAGAUGAAUCAAGUCUCCAAAAAAGAGAUAUCGACACUCUACUUCACGGCUUCCAGCAGAAAAGCGAAAAAUGUGAACAGAAGUCUUGGAAGUAUAAGACCGAGCGCCAUGAAAUCAUUGUUAGAGACUACGCCGCCAAGUGCGCAACCUGGGUGCAGAAAGUCGGCGAUUUGAUCCUCCCGUUUGCACCAUCCCCAGUUGCUGGACCGUGGGGACUAGUCAAAGCUCUUUUGCAGAUUCCCGUUUCAUACGCAGAGGAAAUGCUCGCCUUGCUUGGGACGCUAGAGAAGGCUCUACAGAUCAUCCAUCAUGGCAGUGUAUAUGAAUCUGUCUACACUGCAGAGACAGUACCCGAAUUUCUUCUGGCUAUGUUACAACGCGAUCUUAUCAAGGUUUACAAAGCAGUCCUCGAGCUCCUGAACCACUGCACAGUGCAAUUAUCAAAACCAAUGCUAAAAAGGCUGGUAAGCGAGGUUCUAUAUCCUGAUAGAACAUCUGGAAUGUCCUCAAACCUGUCAAAUUGUCAAGUCGACCUUACGAAAACAAUUCAAACUUGUGAGAGUCAGCGCAGUGCAGACGCGAAUGGCACGGCCACGAAGCUACUCCAUGCAAUACACCGCCCCCUUUUACGAAUUGAGGCGCAUGUAACAAACCACCUCACACGAGUUGACAAGAAUAAGGCUCUGGAACUCUUGGAAUGGAUCUCCCCCGUGCCAUACGGCAAACAUCAUACUACAGUGCAAACUGAGCGAGCGGCUAAUACUGGGGAGUGGCUGUUGCAGCACCCCAUGUUCCGUGACUGGGAAGAGAACAGUUCGUCUGCUGUACUUUGGUUGCGAGGAUCCCCGGGGGUGGGCAAGACAUUCCUCACAUCCAAAGUUAUCGACCAUAUUCAAGAAGCCCUAUCAAAUACACCCAACCACGAGGGACUUGCAUUCUUUUACUGCAAUCGCAAUGAUGUUGGUACAUCUCAGCCCCUGUCCGUGGCACAGAGUUAUAUUCGGCAAUUAUCCACCACGGCACGGGGCGAAUGGGAGUAUUUUCAAGUCAGUCUGGAGAAAACGUGCGUUGAAUUACGAUCCAAAGGAGCGCAUCUGGACCUUGGGACAUGCAAAAAGCUACUGACAAAUUCCCUAAGCCUCUACCCGAGGACAACACUCGUAUUGGAUGCCUUGGAUGAAUGCGAUCCUGUCUCACGUGAGAAACUAAUUCUUUUGUUCAAGGAGGUACUCCGCACCAGCACCAGGCCCAUCAAGCUAUUUAUUUCAGGCCGUCCCGACGGAGAUAUUCGACAUCACUUCAGCUCUCAACCCACGAUUGAGAUCCAAUCGAGUGACAACCACAAGGAUAUUGAGACUUAUGUUUGUCAGAUGUUACCUCGACUGGCGGAAAAGAACAGCGAAAUGAGAGAUCUGCAACCGGUCAUUACAUCAAGGAUUCUGGGCUCAUGUCAGGGAAUGUUCCAGUGGACUUUCUUACAGCUGGAACAGCUCCGAGACUGCGUCAGCCGGGAGGCAAUCCUCGAGUGCCUUGGCACCCUUCCCAGGACACUCGACGAAGCCUAUGACAAUAUUUACAGCAAAAUCGUCAACGGCAGACCCCAUGAUCGGGAUCUGGCAAAUCGGGCAUUUAUGUGGGUCAUGGCCGCUGCUAGACCACUUCACAGGGUAGAGCUUCUUCAAGCGAUCCGUAUCGACCCGGAUCAAACCACGUUGAACAUGUGUGCUGCUAUCACUGAAGAUUCGCUACAGACCUUAUGUCGCAACCUCCUGGUGCUUGACUCACAGGGUUUGUGGAGAAUCUCGCAUCUGUCAGUAGCAGAAUACUUUGAGUCACGUCACGGCUGGACUCCCCCCGUAACGAGCUUGAUGGCAAGUAAGGUCUGCCUACUCUUGCUGCUCGACGCCCCUAACCUGCUCACAAUCGAGGAGAGCGGUCUCACCAUAGACGACGAAGCGAAUACAACUCCAACUAAACCCUCAACCUAUGACCCAGACAACUUUUUUCAGGAGUAUCUCCCCUGCUACUGGCCGACCCAUAUUCAAAUCGCAGAACAAAUUUCCCUGACAGCUCUCGCACCUGUCACAGCACUUCUGGAACGAUUCUUGGGUACCCCAUACGAAAGCAGCUCACAAUACCGCGUCUGGUGUGACGAGGUUCAGCGAUUUCACCGAGUGCUCGGUAAAUUGUUUUACCCUGGCACAAGAAUGCCCUGGGAGGACUCCAUCCUGACCGCCUGUGAGUUUGGGUUUAAUCUGUCGUUGAAGCGCUGGUGGGAGGCUGCAGCCGUGGACCACACCAGAACCAAUGUGUUUGGACAAACUCCCUUGACAAUCGCCGUAUCUAACGGCCAUGUCGCCCUCUGCCGGACUCUGCUACAAAAGGGGGCAGAUCCGCAUGCUCCUCAGGGUAACGCGAACCUUCCAAAGCUCACACCACUCGUUAGCGCCGUGACAAACGGAAGCCUCGAGGGGGUUCGCUUCUUGGUGCGGGAAGCUCACGUGGAUGUCGACACACAGUUGGCAAAUCCAGAUUUACCCUGUGCACUCGAUGCAGCGAUAUGCCAGAAAAACUCGGAGAUCAUGCACUUCCUCGUCACUGAAGCCAGAGCCAACGUGGACAUGGAACUUACCCAUGGAAAAUAUGGAAGUUGUCUGGCCCACGCCGCAGCGGAGCUGCCAUUGGAAACAGUCAAAUACCUAGUGGAGGAGGGCAGGGCGAACGUGAACCUGGUUCUCCGUCACGGAAUCUACGGCAGUGCCCUUGUUGCCGCUGUCGCGCUCGAUCCCCUGGCCAUAUUCAAGGCGAGGACUCCAGAACAAAAGCACUUAACCAUGAAAUAUCUCGUGGAGAAGGGCAAAGCAAACGUGAACCUGGCGCUUCAAACGGGAACGUACGGAAGUGCGUUGGCAGCAGCAGCUAUGAAUGAAGACGAUAAAUUUGUCAACUACCUUGUCGAUGUUGGUAAUGCCGAAGUCAACAUGCCGCUCCCUAGCUCUCCGCAUGGUAGCGCGUUGUCAGCAGCUGCAUAUUAUGGGAACAAGGCCGUCGUGGAAGUCCUGAUAGCUGCAGGAGCCUCAAUCAUGCUUGCUCUCGAUGACGGGAGAACAGCUAAUGCGGUAGCGGCUGCUCGAACUUCCCUCUCGGAGGAGGAUCACAAACAGCGUUUCCUGAUUAUUUUCGGUCACAUUUCAGAGUUUAUGGCGAGUGGCAAGGCUGAGAUAGCGGGGAUUUUGAAGCACGAGGAACGAAUGGCUGGGUGCAAUGGGAGUACAUAAAGGCUCUGUGCAUUGCUGCUCACCGUGUGAAUUCAAAAUUCCGCAUGGCGCGGUCAAAUAGUAGGGCAUGAAUGGGGUAUCAUUGUGUGUUGCUGUUCUUGGGAGUACAAGUAUAGUUCGGGCAGCAUAGCCCUUGGUAGUCUAGACU